AUUUACAACUAGAAUCUGAGGACCUGUGAAAUUGCCGCCGAAAAGAGCGGUUUCUGACGCCGUUUUUGGCGGCAUUUCCACACGACCUGGUCAUGAAAAUCAACUCUUCUCCUCCCCAAACACCCCGUAAUGCCAAGCGCAUGUGACUCUGUCCAUUAUCAGUUUCUUGAGUUUCAUGAAUUUAGAAAUCGGGAUCCCGUUUCUGCACUCAACCCAUCCCAACUUUCCAACAUGCUCUGCCACCCCUCUAGCCGCUACAGUCGGCAGCAUCCAAAAAUGAUCGUAUAUAAAAGCCUACCGUGUGCUGCCAUGCCCUUCAUCCUCUUAUCCUAUCCCUUCCUACCUGCUUUUAUCUUCCCUUCUCCGGCAUCCCUACGGAUUCGCUCUCUCGUAUGCCGCCCUACUCCCAGCUGGUCUUACCUUUCUUUCGCCUCUCUUUUCACUUUCUCUCUACCCGUGCUUCGCCAUGGGAAAGAGGGCGCUUCCUGCCGUUAACGCAGAGGAGCACUAGCACUGGACUCGGCCUAUCCUCUGCGAUGAGACCCGAGCGAGGCUCGAGCACUUUCGAAGCCUCGGACACCUUCCUCUAAACUUUAAGCCUAAAACACUUCAGGGUAUCGCCGUAGUGGAGAGAUAUUGGCGCAGGUCGGUCACCUUUUUCGACAUUGCUGGGCAGAUAAUGCUA